UAUUAUUCAUUUCAAAAUAAGAAAGAUUAAUAUAAUAAUAUAGCAGAGAUUCUGAGAAGAAUUUCGAUUCAUCUAUUUAUCUAUCUAUACAUAUAUAUAUAUAAAUAAAAGACGAAAAAGACGAUUCUUAGUUGCAUCAAAACAAAAUAUCAUUUAUAUUAAUAUCAUAUAUUUCCACCACGGCUACCGGUACAAGAUCUCAAGUUAAAAAAUAUAAUAAAAAAUUACUACCAUAUACCAUUAUUACUAAUCCAUUAUCUCAUAUAAUUGCAACAACUAAUUCAAUUGUUAAUCCAACAUUUAAUACACAAACAAUGGCUGAUCAAACAUUAUUAGCAAAAGCUCGAAAAGCUCGAUUUGAUGAUUUACCAAAUUUUUCAGGACAUCCUUCUGAGGAUGUCGAACGAUUUUUAAAAUGUAUUAAAAAUAUUACAAAAGCCAAUGCUGAAUCAGAAAAUAAAGAAAUUCUUGAAAUUGUACGUGGUAAAUUAACCCAAUCAGCAGGCUUAUGGUUUGAUAACAAUGAACAUAAUUUUAAAAAAUGGUCAGAUUUCGAAGUUCAAUUUCGAAAUCGUUAUUUUUCAACAACAAUGAUUCAUAAAAAGUUUGAUCAAUGA